AUGAACACUUCUAUGGUUAAUUCCAAGUUUCUCUCCCAUCCCGAGGACCUCGGCGUCGUAGCUGUUGGUUUCUCGGGUGGCCAGUGCAAACCUGGAGUCGACGCUGCUCCUUCGGCUCUAAUCGAGGCUGGGUUGCUUACCCAGCUACGAGACGAGCUCAACUAUAAGCUGCAUGGCCACGACACUGUACACUCGUACACCGACCUCGUCCCGCGCGAAGACCCUCCCUUCCGGAAUAUGAAGAACCCUAAAGCCGUGAGCAGCGUUACUCAGCGUCUCUGCGACCAAGUCUACGAACAUGCCAAAGAAGGGAGGAUGGUUUUGACCUUGGGCGGCGACCAUUCCAUCGCCAUCGGUACUAUCGCUGGUUCAGCUAAGGCUACACGGGAACGGCUCGGCCGCGAAAUCGCGGUUAUCUGGGUCGACGCGCAUGCUGACAUUAACACGCCCGAGACGAGUGGUUCCGGCAACGUCCACGGAAUGCCCGUGAGUUUCCUGACCGGCCUCGCGAAGGAAGAGAAACCCGAGUACUUCGGCUGGCUCAAGCCUGAGCACCUUAUCAGCGUGAAAAAGCUCGUUUACAUCGGCCUACGAGACGUCGAUCCGGGCGAGAAGAGGAUCCUCCGCGAGAAUGGCAUCAAGGCGUUUAGCAUGUUCGAUAUCGAUCGGCACGGUAUCGGUCGUGUCGUAGAAAUGGUGCUGGCGCAUAUUGGUGCCGACACGCCAAUUCACUUAUCUUUCGAUGUAGACGCGCUCGACCCGAUGUGGGCACCUAGCACAGGUACACCAGUCAGAGGAGGAUUGACGCUGCGCGAAGGAGACUACAUCUGCGAGAGCGUUCACUUGACGGGAAGCCUCGUGGCCGUGGAUCUUGUCGAAGUGAACCCUAGUCUGGCACCGGAAGUUGAGCUGGGAGCUCACGAGACGGUUCGUGCGGGCUUGUUAACCGGCUCCGGAUCGCUAGUCCACGAACGCCGAAUAGCCCGCAUUCAUAAAUACCACUGGCCUGCUAUCCAGCUCAACGUAUGGAUGCUCGUUAUGCUAGCGGCGUCAUGUUGUAUAAUUGGUAUCUUCGCUACCUUCAUCGGCGUCCAGCAGCAGCUGGAACUGUAUAUUCCCUGGUACUUCCCUUACUUUAUCACCGUCUCAGCCUUGACAAUCGUCUUCAUUGCCACGUUACUAUGGCUCAUAGCUCAACGGAGACUCCUCCCUUCUAUAGUCAUCCUAGGCUCGUUUAUGUUCUUUGUGCUUUGGAUUGUAGGACUCAUAGUCGUCAGCAUUGAACUAUGGGGUCCUGUAGGUUCCGUCAGCUCGAAUUGCAACCUCUUGGUGUGGAGUACGUCGCCCACAGGCAACAAUCAAGGAACAUUGGCCUGGCUAGAACAGAGGUCCAUAUGCCAAUCAUGGCAGGCUGUCUUUGCCUUCGGUCUCAUCGGAUGUAUAUUUUUACUGUGGAUUAUUGUCAUGGCGAUACAAGUCUUCUACGAUGAUGUCUGA